AUGAGCCAAGAUGGAAAAAUCAAAUGCAAAGAGGUUUCGUCUUCCGGAAAGCGCUGGAGGAUGUUCCCUUUUGAGGACGUCCCUUAUGGGGACUGUGUGGAGAAGGAAUAUCCCAAUCGGGGUAAUACCUGCUUGGAGAAUGGAUCUUUCUUACUGAACUUUACAGGCUGUGCAGUAUGCAACAAGCGGGAUUUUAUGCUGAUCACAAACAAAUCCUUGAAAGAAGAAGAUGGAGAAGAAAUAGUUACCUAUGAUCAUUUGUGUAAGAAUUGUCAUCAUGUAAUAGCCAGGCACAAGUACACAUUCAGCAUCAUGGAUGAAUUUCAGGAAUAUACCAUGCUGUGUCUGUUAUGUGGCAAAGCCAAAGAUACUAUCAGCAUUCUCCCUGAUGACCCCCGGCAGAUGACUCUGUUAUUCUAAGCAUCCUUCUUCUGUUCUGUUGUAAUUAUGUCUGGUUGGUUUACAAUACCAGCAAGCCUGAUGGUUUGUUUUACUUAGUUUCUAUUGAAAAUUCUUUGCUUUUUUUUUCAGCUUGAACUUAUCUAUUCUUUGAAAGAGAAAGUAAUUUAGGGGAUUGCUGCUCUCUAAGGCUGGGCUCUUCUGUUGAUGAUAUUCCUAGUUCAUAUUAGUGCAACCAAAAUCAAGUGUCUUUAUUAGCUGUUUUGUGGCUUAAAAAAAAAAAUUCACUAGAAUGAGAACCUAAAAUCUUGAUUUCUAAUGCCAUUUUCUGAGAAAAGGAACCAGGGGUUCCUGGAGAAAUGGCUGAUUCUAGGAGGGCAGGAAUUAUGCAAGAUACGCCUGGAACAUCUUGUA